AGUGUGUGGAAGACCUGGAGGUGUGUGAGAGCGUUCAAGUCCAAACUAAUCUAAGAACAAUUUGGCUUGGUCGUGUUUUUCCCUCGGUUACUGCUCCACUCGUGUCCGUGCUAAGCUAAAAACAAAUCACAGUGCGAAGCUCUCAUUUGUAAAGGGAACUGUAGUUUUCUGUGUCGCUGAUAUCCAUAACAGUAGCGGUCUUACGUCCCACCCGUGGACUACACUACCCAGAAACCACCGCUGUAGCUCGAGACAGAGUAAUCGAGAGGUGCUAAAAACUCCCAACGGCAGUAAAACCGUAAAAGCCGUUUGUUUCAGAGGUUUCAUUCAUUAUUACCCCACACGCUCGUGAUCUGUCUCGAACUACACACAGUUUGAAUAUUGUUGAACGACAUCAACGUUGAAUUUCUCUGCUAUCCAUUAUUUCGUUUUCCCUCCCCCGCCAUGAUGUUUUCUAAGUGAACAGCAGAGCUAGCUAACUAGCCAGGUUAGCCUUCAGGCUGUUGUGGAAGAAGGGAGGUGCAAUGGAUGGAUGCUUCGCCCCGCUACGUUUCACGUAUUUUGUCGUAGUUUAAACAGAAUGCGUCCUCUCCGGCACACCCGCGUGUUGAUCGUUAAACCCCGCGGCGUUGCGGGGGACUGCUAACCUCUCGGCGCAGUGUUAAUACAUGACCCGGGAGUGUCGGCGUUUGGUGGUAGUUUGAAGAUUAACGCUAGCUGGGGCUGUGGAAGCGGCUACACGCACAGCUAGCUCCUCCUCGCUGUCUACCAUCGCAUUCUUGUGUCUGCCGCUUCAGGAAUGUUCUCCAAAAAGCCUCAUGGCGACGUUAAAAAAUCUACACAGAAAGUGUUGGACCCGAAGAAGGAUGUGUUGACGAGGCUGAAACAUCUGAGGAUCGUCAUAGAAAACGCAGAGCCUGCAGAGCUGAAACAGUUCUUUGACGUGAACUACUCCCAUAUCUACUAUGUCUUCUUUGAAAACUUUGUUACCAUUGAGGUCAGCCUCAAGCAAAAAGGUCACAAGUCUCAGAGGGAGGAGCUGGACUCAAUCCUCUUCAUCUUUGAGAAAAUUCUCCAACUCCUUCCAGAGAGGAUCCAGAGCCGAUGGCAGUUCCACAGCAUCGGGCUGAUUCUCAAAAAGCUGUUACACACGGGGAACUCUUUAAAGAUCCGUCGUGAAGGAGUGCGUCUGUUCCUGCUGUGGAUGCAGGCGUUACAGAGUAAUGCAGAGCAGGAGCAGCUCUGCAUGUUUGCCUGUUUGAUUCCUGGCUUCCCAGCUCCACUCUGCCACGGGACACCACGUACCCUGGACACUCUGAUCAACCCCCAGCUGACUUUGACAGAGACUCAGGUGACCCCGGAAGAGAUCACUCCAUUGGUUCCUCCUCAGUCAGGCGACAAGAACCAGGAAGACCUCACUGCUUACUUCCUAGAAGCCCUAUUGAAAUACAUGGUAAACCAGGCCAAGUCUCUCGAGUGGCGUUGUAAAGAGAACCAUGAACGUGGCUUCAGCUUCCUCUUUGGUCACUUCAGGAAGUUUUACCUUCCUCACAUCUUCCCCAACUUUGCCAUGGAAACCAGCCUCUACAACCCCAUUAUGGACGUGCCUCCGAUGCGUCCUAAGCCUUACUACAGUGUGGUUCGCAGGGAGCAAGACGGGGGUGAGACCCUUUACUGCACCAAGGAGAGUUUCCUUCAGGCCAGAGUCAUCUUCAUACGCUGGCUGGUUUCCUUUUGGCUGGAGCCACGACCUAACACACAAACACACAUCCCAGGAACAGAGGGAGAGAGUGUCCCCAAGAACAUACAGCGAGCAGCAGCGGGCCUGGCAGCUCGCUCUGCAGGCAGCUCAGAAGACAGCGGCGGAGGCGUAAGCCGAUCAGACAGCCACCUGGAAAGUAGCGGGGGUUCCUCUGGGCCAGGAGGAGGCAGCAUGGGGCUAUCUGGGGGGUCCGGGUUCGGGGCUGACCCCGAGCAGAGCCACUCCAACACAUCUACCCUGACUGAGAGGGAACCCAGCUCCUCCUCGCUCUGCUCCAUGGAUGAGGAGCAGCUGACGGACAUGGAGGUUGUGAGAAGAGUGCUGACCUGCUCCAGAACCAACGUCAACUUCAUCACAGAGAUCUUUAGACAGGCAUUUCUUCUCCCCAUGUGUGAAGCGGCAGCGAUGCGAAAAGUGGUCCGUGUUUAUCAGGAAUGGAUCUCCAUGGAGGACAAACCAGUGUUUAUGAAGGAACCAGACGAGGGACAUUAUCCCAUUGCCACAGGUGGCAGUUUGGAUUCAGGCUCUCAGCAUGGGGACAAGGAAGACGAGGGAAUGAACAAAGUGAUUGACAGUGAAUUGCUGGAGUACAGUGUUCAUGCUGGAGUUCAGACUACACUACAGGUGUUUAUCACCCACUCCUCUAAUGUUUUUCUCAUCGAGCCUGCUAACGACAUCAAGAUCCUGUUAGAGGAGCAUGUCGACAUGUGCAAGCGAGUCCUGAACAUCUACCGCAGCCUCGUCAUGCACGAGACCAUGGACAAUAAAACAUGGGAGCAAAUCUUAUUGGUACUGCUGAGGGUGACAGAGUCUGUGAUGAAAAGACCUCCGUCCAUCAUGCCUCAGGGCAAGAAGAACAACACACUGUCGGGGAGACUGGCUGGACCUAUCUUUCAGACUCUAAUAGUAGCCUGGAUUAAGGGGAACUUAAACGUCUACAUCAGCAGGGAAUUGUGGGAUGACCUGCUCUCCGUCCUGUCCUCCCUGACAUGCUGGGAGGAACUGGUCACAGAGUGGUCUCUCACCAUGGAAACCCUCACCAAGGUGUUGGCCAGGAACCUGUAUACUGUUGAUCUCAACGAGCUGCCUCUGGACAAACUCAGUGAACAAAAACAGAAGAAACAUAAAGGAAAAGGUAUCGGUUCAGAGGGCCAGCGACAGAUUGUGGAUCGUUCCUUUUCUAAAGGCUGGAGCAGAGACCAACCAGUUCAGGCAGCAGCAAUGAGGCAGCGAAGUGCCACCACUGCUGGUUCACCGGGCAUUGAAAAGGCCAGGAGUAUUGUCCGCCAGAAGACUGUAGACCUCGACGACCCACCAAUCACGCUCACAUCCCGCGCCUCUCGGAUGCGUCACUCCUCCCAGAGCGACGAGGCCCCUCCCACCUCCUGUUCUGAGGUGUUCCAGGGUGGGACAUGUGACCUGGACGCCCUGGGCCCUUCAUCCCUCGCAAGGAGCAGCAGUGCCUCUGACAUCAUGGAGCCUUUCAUAGCAGAACGGGUCAAAGGUGAAGACCCUCAGAGGGAUCCCACUUCAAUCCCAAACCCCCACCAACAGCACCACUCAACCACUCCUUCUACACUCGCAGCCAACAGCCACACAGCUCAGCCACUUCCACACCCUCCCACCUCCCCCUCUCCCACCCCUCUUACCUUCUCCAAUGGUGUUGUUUCCUCGACCUCAGAGGGACAAGAUGAUGGUAGUGUUUAUGACCUUUUCUGGCAACAGAUUGGCUCUCGAAGCCGAGGUUCUAGCUCUGAUUGGGUAAGCGAUUGGGAUUCUGCCUUCAUUUCUUCAUCUGAAAAAGAAAGUUAUGCAGAAGAGGGUGAAAUGAGAGCCGGGGCAGAAGAGGAUGAUUUAUUCUUCUCUAUCAGGGACUACCUCACCAACAAAGGAGGUGAGAAGAAGGAGGAGGCUGGAGAGAGAGAUAGUCCUGGUCACACUUUAGAGAACAGUGUUACUUUACCUACGCCAGUGCAAACCGGGGUAGCAAGAGCACAAAUAGAAUCCACAGCACAGGUAGGAGAGGUGAGACAGGUGGUAACAGACAACAGGCAUGGAAGUAAGUCAGUGAGACACAGCAGUGUGGAUUCAACAGAGGAGAGUGAGGCAGAGCAGCGGAGCAUCUAUGAGUGCUUGGAGCUGCAGUGUCAGUGUCCGACACCCAAUGCCAGGGGAACCGCAAGCUUAGAAAGAACCACUGUGGAGAAAAAGGGAGGAGGAAAUACAGGGAAGGCAGCAGGACGGGAAGGUAAAUGUGACGUGUGGAGGGAAAUGGAAGAAAAUAAACAGGUUGUAAAAGAAGCAACAGGAAGUGAGAGGUCAAUUUUAAUUCAGCAAGAAAUGAACACAAUAGAAUCGAGCAUUGAAUCAAACCAAACCACCCAAACUUCAGAUCCAGCCAAGGUCAAGGUGCCUCGUAGUAGCACCAAGAGGCAACAUUCUGGGGGUGUUCAUGUCAGCUUCAGGCCCUCAACUGAGUCUGUCCAGUUCCACAACCCCCUCGAGAGUAAAGAGGCUCACUGGAAAGCCCGACUGCGUCGCCUCAGUCAUUUUCACACACACAGUCACUCAGCUGGGGAGAGGCCCGGGGCUGGAUCUGGGUCAGGGGGCAAGCUGGGAGCAAGCGGUUCAGGUAAGUUUGGCUCUGGGAUCAGCCACAGAGCAGGAGCACACGAGAAAUCGGUCUCUGGGACAGUUCCAGACGGCAGCGGGGUAGGGGGCACAGCAGGAGGCGGAGGUCUGGAAAACAGAGCCGGUAGUGGAGGGGACAAACAACAUCCGGGAUCCUGUGUGGGAUCCAGUCUGAGCUCUGAGGUACACACAGAGGCGCCAUCAGGCGUUACAGGUUCCUCGUCAGGGGUGCGUGGGCGCUUGGGACGUUCAGCCUUGCGAUCUCGAGCUUCCCGCUCCCGCUCCCAGGAGCCAGGCAGCACCUCCACGCGUCACCACCAGGGAGCCCUUCUCGGUGGCGUCUAUAAGACUGUGGUUCACGCUCUGUCCUCCAAACCCAGGCCCCGAGGUCAGGGGUCAUCCCAAGGCUCGUCGCCACAGAGGCAGGGCCGGGCUGCCAUGGGUGACGCAUCGCUAAGAGACCUCUACUCCCACGUCCUUGGCUACUUUGGACGAAAGACGACCGCGCCAGCCAAUAAAGAGGAGGUGGUCCAGAAAGCCCGCCCAGUCUCCAGUGAUGUUGGAAGCAGCAACCCAAAUUUCUCUGACCUCAUGGACGAGUUCAUCCAGGAGAGACUGAGGAGCAAAGGAACAGGAGGCCGUCGUGGCAGCAGCCCAGGAAGUUUGGAGGUCCCCAGGGACCUGCCCGAACUCCUAGAGGCUGGUCAGAGUCCUGGAUCACGACCCUCGGAUGAUCUUCGGCCCAUCGAUGAUCCGGGUGUUCCCUCUGAGUGGACGUCACCUGCAAGUGCCAGCGGUUCUGAUGUCAUCAGCUCGGACAGCCAGUCAGACUCCUUCAAUGCCUUUCAGUACUCAACCUGCAAGUUUGAUAAUUUCCCUUUCAGCUCAGAAUCUUGUGGAGGAGGAGUUGGAUCUGGGGCAGGAGGCCGGGGCAGCUCACUGGACCAGGACAGUCUGGGCGGGGGUGCAGCCAGCGAAGAACAUGAAGUAGCCAGUUUGACAACGCUUCACAUCGACUCAGAGACCAGCAGCCUCAGCCAUACUGUCACUGUUACCGGUUCUGAGAGUGCUUCUCCAAUGCAUUCUCUUGGAGGCUCUCGGUCCCAGACACCCUCCCCAGCUACGUUGACAGCAGAACAUGCUGAUCACACACACUCCCACUCUCACACACACCUGCAGCUGGACCAGAAGCUCCACAACUCUGUCCUGCAGACCCCUGAUGACCUGGAAACCAGUGAGUUUCCCAGCGAGGACUGCAGUGUGAUGGCGGGUGGUUCUCAGACUGGAUGGCACGCAGAUGUCGCCACUGUAAUGUGGCGGAGGAUGCUGGGCAUCCUGGGGGACGUCAAUAGCAUUAAAGACCCAGAGAUUCACGCUCAGGUCUUUGACUACCUGUGUGAACUGUGGCAAAACUUGGCCAAGAUAAGAGAUAAUUUGGGCAUUUCUCUGGACAACCAAUCAUCUCCACCUCCUCCUGGUCUGAUCCCUCCUCUGAGAAUUCUCACCCCCUGGCUCUUUAAGGCCACUAUGCUGACAGAGCGUUACAAGCAGGGGAAGCUUCACGCCUAUAAGCUGAUCUGCAGGAUAAUGAAAAGACGACAAGAUGUUUCCCCGAACACAGACUUUCUUACACACUUUUACAACAUCAUGCACCAAGGGCUGCUCCACCAAGACCAGGAUAUUGUGAACACCAUUAUCAAACACUGCAGUCCCAGGUUCUUCAGUAUUGGUCUGCCUGGAGCCACCAUGCUGAUUCUGGACUUCAUCAUUGCAGCUUCUAGAGUUACAGCCUGCUCCUCACUCAAUGCUCCAAGAGUAGAGGCUCAGAUCCUCCUCGGAUCUCUUGUGUGUUUUCCCAACUUUUAUGGGGAGCUUCCAGCCCUCCACCCCACCACAGCCGACGUGGUUCUUACCAAGUUCCCUGAUGUCAAGGAGCACAUUAUCAAAACCAUUCUGACAUCUGCCAGGGACGAACCUUCUGCUCCUGCUAGGUGUGUGGCUUUGUGCAGUCUGGGUGUCUGGCUUUGUGAAGAGCUGGCUCACGGGACUCAACAUCCACAGAUUAAAGAUGCUCUCAACGUCCUCUGUGUUACUCUGAAGUACCCCAACAAGAGUGUAGCACUGGUGGCGUCGGACAUCCUUCACCUCCUUAUCAGUUACAUGGAUCAUCUUCAGAAAUUCCCCCCCGACACUCCAAAGAAGAUCGUAGAGAUUUUGAUUGCAACCAUCACAUACUUGCUGCCUACUACCGAGUAUUCUCCUCAUGAACUUGACAAGAGGCUGGUAGUUUCCCUGCUGUUGUGUCUGUUGGAUUGGGUGAUGGCUCUGUCUCCAAAGAUUCUCCUUCAGCCUGUUCAAACUCCAGAAAGGGACCAGCCCACAAAGACUCUGCUCAGCUGUAUUUAUAAGGUAUUGCACGGUUGUGUGUAUGGAGCACAGUCUUUCAACAGUCCUAAGUAUUACCCACUGCAGCUGUCAGACCUGCUGAGUGCAGAUUAUGACCCGUUCCUGCCGUUAGAGAGUCUCAGAGAACCAGAGCCGCUGCACAGCCCGGACUCAGAGCGAUCCAGCAAACUACAGCCUGUCACUGAAGUUCGUAGCCGUAUUCAGCAGGGCCUGGUUUCCAUCGCAGCCAGAACAGUUAUCACCCACCUAGUCAACCACCUCGGACAUUAUCCCAUGUCCGGAGGGCCGGCUACGCUGUCCAGUCAGGUGUGUGAGAACCAAGACAACCCGUUCUGUGAGAGUGCUGAUCUGGGACCAGAACUUUUCCAUUCACCAAAUCUGCAGUUCCUGGUUCUGAAUGGGUCCACACUGCUCUCUGUGCUUCAGUUGAAGGUCAAGGUCACUGUGACCUCACAAAGCUCAUGCAUGCCGCUCAACAUCCCCGCCCCUCCUCCAGCUUGCGUUUCGGAAAAGCAGGAGAACGAUGUGAUCAAUGCCAUCCUAAAGCAGAGUGCCGCUGAGAGAGAGUUCGUCCUUCAUAGAGGUGAGGAGUUGAACAUGAGAGCACUGCAGCAGACUGAACCGGAGACCCAGACACCACAGUCAGCCUUCUACUACUGCAGACUACUCAUCAACAUACUGGGACUCAACUCCUGGGAGAAGAGGAGUAACUUUCAUUUGUUGAGAAAGAAUGAGAAGUUACUGAGAGAACUGAAGAACCUGGACUCACGGCAAUGCCGUGAGACCCAUAAAAUCGCAGUAUUUUAUGUGGCUGAGGGCCAAGAAGACAAACACUCCAUCCUCACCAACACAACAGGCAGCCAGGCCUAUGAAGACUUUGUCUCUGGACUGGGCUGGGAGGUGGACCUCACCACUCAUUGUGGCUUCAUGGGAGGUCUCCAAAGGAACCGCAGUACAGGCCAGACCACUCCUUACUAUGCCACUUCUACCACCGAGGUUAUCUUCCAUGUCUCCACCCGCAUGCCCCAUGACCAAGACCACAACCUCACCAAGAAGCUGAGACACCUGGGUAAUGACGAGGUCCACAUCGUCUGGUCGGAACAUUCCAGAGACUACCGUCGAGGAAUCAUCCCCACUGAGUUUGGAGAUGUGCUAAUCAUCAUCUACCCCAUGAAGAACCACAUGUACUCCAUCCAUAUUCUCAAAAAACCUGAGGUGCCGUUCUUUGGUCCACUCUUUGACGGGGCCAUAGUGGACAUGAAGAUCUUGCCCACCAUGGUCAGAGCCACAGCCAUCAAUGCCAGUCGAGCUCUCAAGUCCCUCAUUCCUCUCUACCAGAACUUCUAUGAGGAGCGAGCUCGGUACCUAGAAACCAUCGUGCAGCACCACCAGGAGCUGACCACGUUUGAGGAUUACGCAGCUCGAGUGUACAGUCCUGCCCCCUGUACUCACCUGCCAUCCGACACAGGCUCCUGCCUCGAGAUUCUUCGGGGAGAAAGUCCGGCUCUUGGGGAGGCCGGGAGCGACUCGGCGUCCCCCAUGUCUCCUCGGACUAGCAAGAGCCGCAUGUCCAUGAAGCUGCGACGCUCCUCUGGAUCGGCCAAUAAGACUUGAUGUAUCCAGGUUACUUUGUAUAUUGCUGGACAACAAAAACUGUUUGGCCAAUCAUUGCACUUAAAGCCAUUAAAGCUGUAACAAAUCAAAAACGUACUUAUCUUGGCUAAAUUCACAAACGUAUUAUUAUUAACGGUGUUGAGGCAGAAAACAACAGAAACAGCAUCAUCCUCUCACCUCCAGUAUGUUGAUGUUCUGAUCAGCCACUGACUCUGUGGCACAGUUGUACUCUGAGAAUAACCUGAAUAUUGAUUUUGAUAUUUCAUGGACUACACUGUACUGUACCCUUAUUUUGAAAUUGCUCACAGCUGCUGUAUUUAUUCUCAGCUUUGCUUGCGCAAACCCCCCCCGACAGUUGAGUGAGAGCUGCAGCAUGCUGCCUGUACACUGCAGUAUUACUUCAUAAUCUGUGCCAUGUUAAAGAUUGCAAAAAAUCGAAUUAGUGCCACAUUAUACACUGUCUUUGGAGAGCACAUGUAAUGACCCCCAACAGAGAGCAGAGUCUCCUCAGUCUCUGUGUGUUGUGUCGUUGCCAUGGGGAACUUGUAUAUUUGUACUAUACCGACAGAACUUUGAGUUUUGAUAUAUGAAAACAGAAACGAGUGAUGGCGGUGAGUUGCAUGGAGAAAGCAAGAUAAAAGUCUAUUUUUGUUCUCGGUGCAGCAUCAGGCCUUUAUAGAUAAAAGGCAGCGGUAGCUUUCUAUUCAGUCCUCGCAAAAUGUAAAUAGAACCUUGCUCAUUUGUUAACAAAAAACAAACAUCUUGUGGACGUAGCAUUCUCUAGCCAAAACUGUUUUCUGUUUGCAUUCAGCGAAAGAGCUCCUUUGUCUCACUCUCAGACACCAACUUUUCUCUGACUCCUGUGACGUAAGGAACAGAGUUACUGUGUGAAGAGCAGCAGUGAUGGAGUGAUGAUUUGUAAUUCAUAAAGGAGACAAAAGCAUUUUCUAGAGAAAGCUCAUCGAACAAACUUCUACUUAUUUCUGGCUCAUGCUGUAAAAUGUGGACAAGCACUGACGUUCAUUACAUUUAUUUUACCUCUCUUUUUUUUAUUGACUGUAAAAUGUGUUUUGCUCCAAACCAGAGUUUUGCUGUAUUUUAAGUCACUCUGUUGUCUGAUGCAACGGAACCACAGCUUUUCUUCCCUUGUUCGAAUACAUAUAUAUAUAUUUGUGUGCCUGCGUGAGUUUGUUUGUAUUAUGUGU